AUGGAGGGCAUUGGAAACAAGGGAAAACUUGUGAAAUGGGUUAAUCAAUUAGAGGUAUUGGCGCAUCCUGCGGUUGGAGCAUUUUGGACGCAUUGUGGAUGGAACUCGACGCUAGAGAGCAUAUGUGAAGGGGUGCCAAUGAUAUGUACACCAUGUUUCAUGGAUCAGCGUGUGAACACAAGGUACAUUGCUGAUGUAUGGCGAGUUGGGUUGGAGUUAGAGAGAAGUAAGAUGGAUAUGAGAGAGAUUGAGAAGGUGGUACGUAGGGUAAUGAUGAUCGAGAAAGAAGAUGGGAUGAGAGAGAGGUGCUAG